CUUGGGUUUAAGGAAAAAUAAAAUCUUGUUUCGUUAUUUCAAAAUCGAAAGGGUUCUCUACUUACUAGCCUACUAGGGUUCUUGUUACUGAUUUUAAGAAAUGGGUAAAUGUGGUGGGAGAAAUGGUAACGGAAACUUUAACGGCGUUGGGUAUAAUGGUAACGGAGGCGGUGGAGUUAGGCCAUACGUACGGUCUCCGAUUCCUCGGCUCAGAUGGACGCCGGAUCUUCACCGUUGUUUCGUUAACGCCGUCGAUAUGCUCGGUGGCCAACACCGAGCCACUCCAAAGCUUGUUCUUAAGAUGAUGGAUGUGAAGGGACUCACCAUUUCACAUGUCAAGAGCCAUCUCCAGAUGUAUAGAGGUUCUAAACUCACUUUGGGUAAACCAGAGGAAAGCUCUUCAUCUUCAAUAAGAAGAAGACAAGACACUGAAGAAGAUUAUCUUCAUGACAACUUGUCUUUACACACAAGGAAUGAUUGUCUUUUGGGGUUUCACUCUUUUCCUCUUUCUUCACAUUCUCCUCUUAGAGGAGGAAGGAGAAAGGAGCAGACUUCAGAGUUUGGUGAUGAUGAUGAUGAUGACUUUCUUCACAUCAUGAACAUGGAGAAGACGAAGGAAACGACGACGUUUCAAUCGCAUCAUUUCCUCGAGAAAACAGUGAAGGAGACGAAGAAUUGGGAAAAUACUUGGCAAGAACACGAAGAAGAAGAAGAUUUGUCGUUGUCUCUUUCAUUGAAUAAUCAUCACUGGAGAAGCAAUGCAUCGUCAGUGAGCGAAACGAGUGAAGCGGUCUCCACUUGUUCUGCACCUUUCGUCUUCAAAGAAUGCAAACCAAAGCUUGAUCUCAACCUUAAUCUUUCAAUUUCUCUCAUCGGCAGCUGAAAUUAUUAAAUAAAAAUAUUUGUUUCUUAGAUUAGUUGCACUAAAAUAUCAUAUAUUUUUUUAUGUGAA